CAAACGCCUACUGGGUGCAGUGCCAACACUUCCUUGUCCAAAAGGAACAGCAAGAAUUACAUCAAAGUUUGAAACUCCCUUGUCUUAGCAGCAAGAUUUGUUUGAGAGUUUGAAUCUUUUCAGGCAACAAUUGUUAUUGGUAUGCAAAUCUUGCCUCUUCGUGAAAUUGAGCCCCAUUGGAUAAUUAGUAAUGGUCAGUAGAUCAUCGACUAGGUUCUUGAAUAUUUGUAUAGCUUCUUUUUGCAAAGCCAAGCAUUUACGAAGAGCAGAAACUGUGAUUAUUGAUGGUGUAAGAUUAGGUGUUUUGCCUGAUGUUGUUACUUACAAUACAUUGAUCAAUGCUUACUCUCGUUUUGUUAGUUUUGAUGCUGCUUAUUCAAUUCUUGAUAGAAUGAAAGAAGCCAGUAUAAAACCUGAUAUUGUUACUUACAAUUCUUUGAUUGCUGGUGCCAUGAGGCAUUGUUUGUUGUCAAAUUGUAUGGAUUUGUUUGAAGAAAUGCUUGAGUUGGGGAUAAAACCUGAUAUUUGGAGUUAUAAUACUUUGAUGCAUUGUUUUUUUAAGCUAGAAAGACCUGAUGACGCAUAUCGGGUAUUUACGGAUAUUAUACUUUGUUAUUUAUCACCUUCUCAUGCUACUUAUAAUACUAUGCUUAAUGGGCUUUGCAAGUGUGGUUUUGUGGAGAAUGCGCUCAUGUUGUUUAGGAAAUUAAAGAGACAUGGGUUUGUUCCUUCAUUGGUUACUUAUAAUAUUCUUAUUAAUGGGUUGUGUAAAGCUUGGAAAUUGAAGACAGCUAGGUGGAUGCUCAAGGAGCUUGGUGCAUCUGGACUUGUUCCAAAUGUUAUAACGUAUACUACAGUCAUGAGGUGUUGCUUUAGAUCUAGGAGGUUUGAACAAGGGCUUGAGAUAUUUGAAGAGAUGAUUGAUAAGGGAUAUACCUUUGACGGUUUUGCGUAUUGCACAGUUGUUGGUGCUUUGGUCAAGACUUGUAGGAUUGAAGAAGCAAGUCAUUAUAUGGAGCAGAUGGUGAGCACUGACAUUGGUCUUGAUAUGGCAUCUUAUAAUACACUCAUUAAUUUGUAUUGUAAAGGUGGUAAGUUGGAAAUGGCACAUGGAGUACUUGAUAAAAUGGAAAAGGAAGGUUUUGAACGUGAUGAGUAUACAAACACAAUUCUGAUGAAUGGGUUGUGUGAGGAAGGCGAUGUUGAGGGGGCCAUGGAGUAUAUGAAUGUAGCGGGUUUCAAUUCAAACUUGGUUGCUUUAAACACCAUGGUUGAUAGGUGUUGUAAAGCUGAUCGGAUUGAUUAUGCUUUUAAAAUCUUUGAUUCAAUGGAUAUGAGGGAUUCUUUUACCUACUCCUCCUUGAUUCACAAUCUUUGCAAGGUUGGAAGGUUCCGUUGUGCAUCAAAGCUCUUGCUCUCUUGUGUGAGAAGUGGCACAAGAAUUCUCCCAUCUGCUAAGCGUGCGGUUUUUGAUUGUCUUCGUCAUUCUGGUCAUCAAAGAGAAGCAAAGAGACUUAAAUCAGAAAUCAAAUUGGCUCUUUCCGCAGUUGUUUAGGUUCACUAUGCAGUUGGAACAUUUUUCUAGUGAAACUUAUUCAAUUUAUUGGUCAUUUACAAGGUAAAUGCAAAUGCCACUUUUGUUGAAGUAGAAAUGUAAACAUUCACAGUUAUCUUUGGAGCUCCAAGAACACUUUUUUGGCUAAUAAGAACUAUUGUAAAAAGAUACAGAUUGGUCUAUUGAAGCAGGGUAAUGAAAAUGAAUAUCAUUCAUAUAUCACCAUUGUAACAUUGUUCUUGACUAGAGCAUGUUUGGCCUAAUCCGCUCUUGCUGAAGAAAGGACAUAGUACCAACCAUGCAAACAUUGAUGGAUGAUAGAAGAACAAACACAUGACAGUUUUUCGGUGAUCUCACAGGUGAAACUCUUUAUAUGUCAAUGAUGGUGUAAUUGGACUUCUUUUGAGUUCAAGUUUAAUGAUAAACUUGAUUGUACGCUCUAUCUGACUGCCUUCCAAUACUUGCAUGACUUGAAUAUGAUUUAUGGUGUGUAUCAAUUUGCAGAUGGGCUACGUUGAUUCAACUUAUUGACAUGAAGUUAGAAUAUUUGAUGAAAAAAGGUUGUGAAUAUUUGAAGGAGGAAAUGCUAUGUGCAUGAAAAGUUGCUUCUGAUCCAUCAUAGUUUCCCAGCUAGAUGACUCAUCAGACCUCUGAACCGUUGAGCUUCAAUCCCUUUCACCACUGGUUAAUGCUGCCGCAACAAACUCCAUCACUCCUUUAACACAUCAGGUUGAUAAAGUAGAAAAUAUUGUUUGUGCUCUGUUUGUUUGGAGCCAUCGUAUUCCGGACACCAUUUAAAUCUCACUCAAUGAAGUUAUGUGGCCACAGCAUACCCUUCUCACUCACUAAUCAAUUUCCAGGCGAGUCACUUUGAUCGGGAAUUCUUUUGUAGCAUAGUAAUUUCACCGUGAACAAUAAUAUUGUCCUCCAUAUAAUUAAAAAUCCUUCGUUUUUUGUGUUCCCUUUUGUUUUUGUUGCAUUUUCUUCGCAUAAUCGAUGCAAAAGGAGCUGUAACAUUCUGGGAGUCUUGCAAGCGUACUCUUGUUGCCUGCGUAAGCUACUGAAGUGUUCACUAGAAUUGUGUUCGUUGA